UUUUUUGUUGGACAUCAUGAGAGAGUACAUAAUCGCUGAUUGGAUCAUUGAUUUUUAAGCUAGAACAUUGAUGUUUGUUGUCUUAAAGCAUUCGAGAACAAUACUUACAGUAUCAAGCACGAUUUUCAUACCUGAGUGAGAAUGUCGGCACACGUUAUGUGCUUGACCUCUUCUGGAGGAAUUCCUCUGUUUUCGCGCCAAAAGGGAGACAGUAACACGAUGACGUUUUCAAAAAUCGCUUCCCUCAAUGGAGUUCACAUGUUCUUGAAAUCACAGGACAUCACUCUACUGAGUACGGAUUUGCCAGACGUAACAGUGGCAUGGAAAGAAUUCGAACGGUGUAUCAUACUGAUAGCAAUUGCGAGUGGAGUAACAAAAUAUGUGCUGGACAAAUUUUUGGACGCGACUUUUGGCGCAAUGAUUCUCUUCACUGGUAUUGAUGAGAUAAAGAAUACUAAGAAUAUAGAAAGACUUAAGAAAGACAUGCGUCUUUGCAGUCCUAUUAUCGAUAGACUGAUGGACUGCUUGGACAUAGGGGAUAAAAUUUCUACAAAAACCGAUAUGAUUAACAUGACAGAAUGCAUUAUAUCUUCGGAAAGUCAUUUGCUUCAGACCUGUUUAGAGGGAUUUAUGGAAUGUCUGGACUCAAUGUAUGGAUGUGUUUUGGUGCAUGGUUGUGUGGCAGCUGCUACAGAAGGCUGGUGGUCAUUGGAUCCUGUGGAAAGAAAAUUAUUAACAAUAGCGAUUGGUUCAGAGAGUAUUUGUACCACGCGAGACAUUCCAGUGUUUUUACCUCAUAAAAGUUCAAACGUAGCUUUCAGAUUGGUAUCUGUAACUCUAAUUAAUCAUGUAGAAGUGCUGGCAUUAUGUGGACCAAAUCCAGAAUUAACAGAAAUUGAGAGAUAUGCUAUGCAAUGCUGGAAGAGCAAUAUGGAUGCAUUAUGCACUGUUGAACAGUGUUACCCACGAAACCUACCUAUGUCGGUCUCUUUAGAUAGUGAAACACUUGGAUUUUUACUGGCUAAUUACAAGAUAGAAAAAUUCGUACUUGGCAGAAACUCUCAAUGCGCGAAAAAUCGCGUGACGGGAUCGCACAGAUUAGAUAUUUUGCGAACGUUUUACCAUCAAGCGGUUGAAACAUUUGCGCUGUCAAUCGAACACGAAGAGAGUAACGAUGAAAAAUUAACCACGAGUACCUGGAAAUUUAUCGGGGCUAAGGAAACAUACUUGUGUUCCGAAUAUCACAAAUGUCAUGCUGUGAAACAUGGUGACAAUAUACUUUGCGUUUUAUACACGUCUGUAGUGCCUACUCACACUAUGAGACUGAUUAGUCAGAAAAUAGUAAAAAUGAUAUUUAGCGAUAAGCAAACAUAUUGGUAACUUUCAUUUUUUUUUACUUAAUGAAUUUAUAAAAUAAAAAAACAAUAGAAUAAUGUAUAAACAAUGAGAGCUUUACACAGCGCGGGAGUUGGUGCGCAAUUUAUAAAAUAAUCAUAAAAUGUUCACAUAAUGUAUUAAAAACAAUGACUUCCAAUACAAACUUAUUAGGACGUUUCGGUUUACUUCAAACCAUCUUUAGCCAAUUUAUAUAACAUUAUAAUAGAUAUGUCGACAGAAAACGUUGGAUAAAGUUGAAAUUAUGCUCUAUGUGAGACCGAGGAUGAGUAUCUCCCUACUGUCUGGUUGGACAAUUUCUGUCUGUUUGCUGUUUAGCCAAAUAACUAAUUAAAGAGUACAAUGGACAUAAUUAUUAUUAAACAAUGUAACAAAUUCAAUGUAUCUGCUUAUUAUCACUCACCCUCAUUCUCCAUAGAUCAACUCAGUUAUUCAAAGCGCAAGUCAAAUUAUAAGAGAUACGAUUACAAGAUGGUCAGAGAGAAGGAGAGGGUGGAAGGGAGGGGAGAGAGAGAGAGAGGGGUAGGGAGGGAGGGAGAAUAUUGCAAAUGCAGAGA